AUGACGACUUUGUUUAAGGAGCGGCGCACGCUCCUCGGGUUAGAUGUGUAUGUGCCGGCAUGUCCAGACCAGCUUCAGGCAGAGUGGCACGCAGCACGGCUGAUGACACGUCUUGCAGAUGUGUCUCCAACGAAGGAGGAACUCAGAAAAGGGCGUCGGCGACUAGACAAAGUCAUGAACGCCUGCAAGGACAUCCACCGGCUCAUGUGGCCGGGGGCAGAAGCUGACGACAACACGAAGGCGGCUCUGUACGACAAGACGGUGCCGACGACGAUGCUCGUGGCCAUUGUGACGUGGACGCUGAGCAAUGGCCAUGUCAAACAGGGGCCACGGACCAUCGCCUUCCGUUUACUGGAUGAGUUGCUUCAUGCCUCGGCUAGACUUGGGCACAUGAAGCUCCUAGUGAGACCGGACUUUCAACCAGGCAUGCCGCUGAUGUCUGUCGAUGUGCCGGCUGACAGUGACACAGUUUUUCCGCUGCAGUGGCUGGACGACUCCAAGCCCUGGGUGCAGGCUCCGGAGAAUGCGUGCACAUUGGCCAGUGCCAUUACGUUUGCUUUGGAUCCGGCGAAGGCCCUGGCACUGCUGACGCAGAUUGCUGCGUUCAUUGCUGCCUGCCUGCCUGGUCCAGGGCUUGGGUACGGGAGGGGUGACCGGAUGAGUGGACGAGGGUUCUACACCCUGCGCAAAGCGCUCAUCGACAAGGCCCUACCCAAGGUCAAUAUCCUUCCUUUAGCUGCCUGGGACAUGGCAACCUACAUGCUGAAGGCGAAGAAGCUGUUCGGUCCACACGCGCAGCUGCACGUUUUGCUCUCGGAAAGCAUGAAUCAGGGGGUCAUGUUCGACGGUUCCAACGUGCAGAAGGUACCGAUCGAGGCCUACAGCUUUUACAGUCUCAUGUCUUCCAAGAGUGCAUUCAGUAUGGAGGCUACAUUACAAGUUCAUGAAUGGACGGCUUUGGAACUAGCUGCCCGCGGCAUUCGGAGUGCGUGCCACAUCGUGGCUGCAGAGAUCCCUUUGAAGACUUUGGAGGACUCCUGGUUGCGUCACGCCGGCUCGGCGAGCAGCUUCUGCAGUGGCUGUGGCACUGCAGAGUUGAGUCGGGCAGUUCUAGAACGCGACCUUAACCAGUCUGAGAAGCUUUCCUUUCAUGUGCACAUACCGACGGUGGCCAUGUGGGAGUACAACCCUGCGUGCCAUCAGCUACUUCAGGAGGCUGUUCACUGGUCUGCGAAGGUGUGUGGGAGACAAUCAGAUCCGUGCCUCUUUGGGGACGCCACCCAUGUGUUAAAAGGCGACUGGCAGAAUGCGCCGUUCUAUUCCGGCAAGCUGCAAGCUGGCUGGCAAGCUGAGUUGGCCACCAACUCGAAGUGCCUCCGGCAUGGCUGCGACUGCGGCAUUAUGAAGAGGCCAGUCUUCGACGUGUCCGGAUUACCGUGCCCUGACAUGUCUGCCUGUGGCAAGCGGCUUAAGAGAGCUGGACCGACGAACAGUGUUUACAUUGCCCAUGGACGCUGGGUGACUGCCAAUGAGACUCCCCUUAUCCUGGUUGAAUGCACCAAGGACCUGGAUAUGGGCAUGCUGGAUGACACCCACCCCGACUACGACUUUUACCAGCUGUACUCGGAGCCGGCCAAUGUUGGAUUCAGCGGUCUUUCCAGGUACCGUACAUGGGUGAUCGGGUCACACCGACGACAUGCCACCUGUCUGCACGACCCCUACUUGCUGCAAAACAAGUUGACAGACGCCUUUCAAAAACAUGUGGCAGCAGGGGUGCCAGACUUUUUGGUUGCAUCGAGCAAUGAGAUCGCGCUUGAAGCUUCCGUUCGUGCCCUCCACCUUGGGGUGCCCUACCGGCACAACCAGAAGGACCUGCGGUACCUCCUCAACCAGAGAGAAGAAGCUUGCAGGCAGGAGUUGGACGCGAAGUACAUGCAGAAGUACAAUGCUUUUCCCUGUGCGAAUGAGAACCUAGUGUACUUCCUAGGAGAUUCGGCGCAGUUUUGUACCUGGUCGGCUGCAAGCAACAAAAUACCAACCUACCGGGUGAAUGCUCGUACAGCGCUGUAUUGGCUACCAAGCCACAAGCGCUGGUUGACCAGCAAAGAAAGGCUUUGUAGCAUGGGGUUCCCAUGCACGACCGAGGUGGCCAACGCCAUGCAGGUCCCUCUUUUGGGUGCGACAGACAUCCAACGAGCAUCAGAUCUUUGCGGGAACGGGAUGCAUUUCAGCACCUGUGCCAUAAUGCAACUUGUGGCACUGUCAUGUUUUGGCCCGAACGGGUCAUGUGAUUCAAGCGGCUGA